AUGGAUAUCAAAACAUGGCUCCAAGAUCUUCGAGAAGAAUUGUCAUGUCCUGUGUGUACUAACAUCUACACGAACCCAAAACAGCUCCAAUGUUUACACAGUUUCUGCCUCCAAUGCUUGCAGCAAUGGCGCAGAACAAGUCAUGGCCGAGACACAAUCAGAUGUCCGAAAUGUCAAGCUCUAAACAAAGUUCCGGAAAGUGGCGAUCUGAAAGAUCUACCAACCAGUUUUUACUUGAACGGCCUGAUUGAUGUAUUAGCCGUUAAAGAAUGUAAAAACAGUCAAGUAUCGUGCGGAAAUUGCGACAAGAAAAGCUACGAGACAUUUUAUUGUUUCCAGUGUUGCAUAUUUUAUUGCCAAGAAUGCGUCAUUGGACACAACAUCAUGCGAAGUAACAAAGAUCACCGUGUUCUUGCGCUCAGAGAUUUUCAAGAAAAGGACUUUAAGGAUGUAAUGAAACGACCCACAUACUGCUCGAAACAGCGCCACGAGAAAGAAGAACUGAAAUACUUCUGCAAGAAUUGUACUGAGGCGGCUUGCCAAAGUUGUGUAUUGAUAGAUCAUGCGGGUCACGCUAUAGCGCACUUAGACGAAGAAGCUGAAAAACAAAAGAUUCAAAUGAAAUCACUGAUAGAAACAAAGAAGAGUGAUUUACGAGAAAAAAUAAAUAUUGUGGGACAACUCGACCAGGAUUACGCAAAAAUAAUACAAAGAGGAGAAGACUUGAAGCGAGAAGUACAGGAACUUGUGGAAAAUUUGUUUACAACUGUUGAAGCAAAAAAACAAGCCAUUUAUGAAGCAGUGGAGAGAGAAACGAGGAAAUCGCUCGAAAUUAUUGCAGGGCAAAAAACGCAGAUCGAACGUCAAAUUAUGGUAAUCGAAUCAUCGUUGGAGAAAGCUGAUAAACUGAUGAUACGAAGUACGAACGUCCAAGUCGUUCAACUGAUGAAAUCAUUAGGGACAAUAUUUCAACGCGUUGAUCAAGACCAACUCUUGAUCUUCAACCUUAUAAAGCCUCCUUUUUCAGCUUUUGUGGAGAAUCAAAAGCUGUUCAACACUGUUGAAGCCGAAGGAAUUGGAUCUUUGCGAGUAUUACACCAAACAAAAGCAAGCCAGUCAGUUGCUGAAGGUAAAGGACUUGAAGAAGGAUUUGUUAACCAUAAAGCGCAGUUUACUUUGACUACAAGAGACGCCGAACGAAGACAGUGUUACAAUGAACAUGACCACGUAACGGUGGAGAUCACGGACGAACAUGGACGAGAAUGCAUGACGGAAGUGCAAAUAAAUGACAGUAAAGAUGGACUCUAUCAGAUCAGCUAUUCUCCCAGAGAUUUAGGAAGGUUUAAAGUAACUGUAAAGGUAAACGGACAUCAUGUUCAAAACAGCCCUUUUACUGUAGUAGUAAAACAAUUUCAAUUCAAAGCCGUGUUGUCUUUCGGAAAAGAGGGUUCUUCUGUAGGAAUGUUUCGUUGUCCUUGGGGCGUAGCAGUAAAUGCCAGGGAUGAAAUAGCUGUAACUGAUUUGGACAACCACAGAGUUCAAAUUUUCAACAAGAAUGGAGAUUACUUGAAAUCAUUUGGUAGGGAGGGUGACAAAGCCGGAGAGUUUAAAUAUCCGAGGGGAAUAGCAUUUCAUGAAAAUGGAAAUAUUUUUGUGUCAGACCCGGGUAACAACAGAAUCCAGAUUUUCAGUGGGGAGGGUCAGUAUGUGGGCACUUUUGGUAAGAAAGGAAACCUUGAUAGUCGGCUAAAUUCUCCUUGGGGUUUAUCGGUAGACAGUGAUGGAAACAUUAUUGUUGCUGAUACAGGUAACAAAAUGAUAAAGGUCUUUUCUUCUGAUGGCAUGUUUCUAAUGAAGAUAGGUGGACAGGGGGCUUUUACUUGUCCUAUCCACUGUGUCCAGUACGAAACAUAUCUCAUAGUGUCGGACAGAAAUGAACAUUGUAUUAAAGUUUAUGACAGGAAUGGAAACUUUCAGUACAAGUUUGGAAAGAGGGGUGGUGGGUACGGGGAGUUUUAUAAUUCCGGAUGUUUGUCAGUGAACAAAUCAGGAGACCUGAUGGUUUGUGACUCAUAUAAUAAUAGAGUACAAGUAUUUGAACUGAAUGGAAGGUUUUUCAGUAAGUUUGGAACUGAAGGUGGCAAUUUAGGAGAAUUCUAUGGUCCAAGGUCUCUGGCGGAUCUUUCUACAGGGCGAAUUGUUGUCGCUGAUACGGGCAAUAAUCGUAUUCAGAUAUUUUAG